CGCGAUUGGCCGCGCCUGGCAGGGGGAGCCGCACCUCAGGCGGCGGCGGGGCCGUGGCAGGAAGCGGCGGGGACGGGGCCGGGCCGGCGGACACCCUCCUGCCCUCCUCCCGCCUCCCUCCUGCGCACCGCGGACGUGGCCCGCUGCCGCCGGCCGGCACCAGCUUUUCAUUGCUCAUUCUCUCCUCGGUGGAAUCCAACAAUGCUUGACUUAUUACUGCCUAGGACUCUCUUUGAAGUCUGAAUAGAGAAGUGCAUAGAGUCUGGGAGGACGAGAGCACAGGACAAUGCUGCUGAAAGGAAUCUGAGCCACAGAGCAUGUGUUGUGCCACAGAUACCCAGGUGCUGAAUGCUGUCUACAAACUACUUUGUCGAUGAAGGAAGAAAUUGAUUGGAAAUUGAAAGCACAAACUAGUUCCUAAUACCAUUCAACAUGCGCAAAGGGGUGCCAAAGGACCCAGAAAUAGCUGACCUGUUCUACAAAGAUGAUCCUGAAGAAAUAUUUGUGGGUUUGCAUGAAAUUGGACAUGGAAGUUUUGGAGCAGUUUACUUUGCUACAAAUUCCCACACUAAUGAGGUGGUGGCAGUCAAGAAAAUGUCCUAUAGUGGAAAGCAAACGAAUGAGAAAUGGCAGGAUAUCAUCAAAGAAGUCAAGUUUCUACAGCAGCUGAAGCACCCCAACACCAUAGAGUAUAAGGGCUGUUACUUGAAAGAGCAUACAGCAUGGUUGGUUAUGGAGUACUGUUUAGGAUCAGCUUCUGAUUUACUAGAGGUUCACAAGAAACCACUUCAGGAAGUGGAGAUUGCUGCCAUCACCCACGGUGCCUUGCAGGGGCUGGCCUACCUGCACUCUCACUGUAAGAUUCAUAGGGAUAUUAAAGCUGGAAAUAUUCUUCUAACAGAACCAGGUCAAGUGAAAUUAGCUGAUUUUGGUUCUGCAUCUAUCGUCUCCCCUGCCAAUUCUUUCGUGGGAACGCCUUACUGGAUGGCACCAGAGGUGAUCCUUGCUAUGGAUGAGGGACAGUAUGAUGGAAAGGUGGAUGUCUGGUCUCUUGGGAUCACGUGUAUUGAGUUAGCUGAAAGGAAGCCUCCACUUUUCAACAUGAAUGCAAUGAGUGCCUUAUAUCACAUAGCCCAGAAUGAUUCCCCUACAUUACAGUCAAAUGAAUGGUCAGACUCCUUUAGGGGAUUUGUUGAUUACUGCUUACAGAAAAUACCUCAGGAAAGGCCAUCAUCAACAGAUCUCUUACGGCAUGAUUUUGUUCGCCGAGAUCGACCACCACGGGUACUAAUAGACCUCAUUCAGAGGACCAAGGAUGCAGUGCGUGAGCUGGACAACCUUCAGUACCGGAAAAUGAAGAAAAUCCUUUUCCAAGAGACACGCAAUGGCCCACUCAACGAGUCUCAAGAAGAGGAGGAGGACAGUGAGCAUGGAUCAAACCUGAGUAGGAAGAUGGACAGUCUGGGCAGCAACCAUUCCAUCCCAAGUAUGUCUGUGAGCACAGGCAGUCAGAGCAGCAGUGUGAGCAGCAUGCAGGAGGUCCUGGAUGAGAGCAGCCCUGAACUGGUCAUGAUGCAUAGUGACGAGGGCACAAUUAAUUCCACUUCCUCCGUUGUCCAUAAGAAGGAUCAUGUAUUUAUAAGGGAUGAGGUGGGCCACAGGGAUCGCAGGCCUGAGGUGCGGCCUACCCAGUCAGUGCAGAAUCAGGCCCUCCACUACCGGAACCGAGAGCGCUUUGCCACAAUCAAAUCAGCAUCUUUGGUUACAAGACAGAUCCAUGAGCAUGAGCAGGAGAACGAGUUGCGGGAACAGAUGUCAGGAUAUAAGCGGAUGCGGCGCCAGCACCAGAAGCAGCUGAUCGCCCUGGAGAACAAGUUGAAGGCCGAGAUGGACGAGCAUCGCCUCAAGCUGCAGAAGGAGGUGGAGACACAUGCCAACAACUCGUCCAUUGAGCUCGAGAAGCUGGCCAAGAAGCAAGUGGCUGUGAUGGAGAAGGAGGCAAAGGCAGCUGCAGCAGAUGAAAAGAAAUUCCAGCAACAGAUUUUGGCUCAGCAAAAGAAAGACCUGGCGACCUUUUUAGAAAGUCAGAAGAAACAAUACAAGCUUUGCAAGGAAAAGAUUAAAGAGGAGAUGAACGAGGACCACAGCACGCCCAAGAAAGAGAAGCAAGAAAGAAUAUCCAAACAUAAAGAGAACCUGCAGCACACACAGGCUGAAGAGGAGGCCCAUCUUCUCAGCCAGCAGAGACUCUACUACGACAAAAACUGCCGUUUCUUCAAGAGAAAAACGAUGAUCAAGAGGCACGAGAUGGAGCAGCAGAACAUUCGGGAAGAGCUGAACAAGAAGCGGACGCAGAAGGAGAUGGAGCACGCCAUGCUGAUCCGGCACGACGAGUCCACGCGCGAGCUGGAGUACAGGCAGCUGCACACGCUGCAGAAGCUGCGCAUGGACCUCAUCCGCCUGCAGCACCAGACCGAGCUCGAGAACCAGCUCGAGUACAACAAGCGGCGCGAGCGGGAGCUGCACAGGAAGCACUUCAUGGAGCUCCGGCAGCAACCAAAGAACCUGAAGGCUAUGGAAAUGCAGAUCAAAAAGCAGUUCCAGGACACAUGCAAAGUGCAAACUAAGCAGUACAAAGCACUGAAGAAUCACCAGCUGGAAGUAACUCCAAAGAGUGAGCACAAGACAAUUUUGAAGAGUCUGAAGGACGAGCAGACGAGGAAGCUCGCCAUCCUGGCAGAGCAGUACGAGCAGAGCAUCAACGAGAUGAUGGCCUCGCAAGCGCUGCGGCUGGACGAGGCCCAAGAAGCGGAAUGCCAAGCCCUGAGGCUGCAACUCCAGCAGGAGAUGGAGCUGCUCAAUGCCUACCAGAGCAAAAUCAAGAUGCAGACAGAAGCACAGCACGAGAGGGAACUCCAGAAGCUGGAGCAACGGGUGUCACUGCGCAGGGCACACCUUGAACAAAAGAUCGAAGAGGAGCUGGCUGCCCUGCAGAAGGAACGCAGCGAGAGGAUCAAGUUUCUGUUGGAGAGGCAGGAACGGGAGAUCGAGACGUUUGACAUGGAGAGCUUGCGGAUGGGCUUUGGGAAUCUGGUCACGUUAGAAUAUCCCAAGGAGGACUAUAGAUGAGAGUAAAUUUCUUUUGCCAUUUAAACACACACACACACACACACACACACACAGACACAACAAAAAGCAAACAAAACAAGGAGCAAACUUGCAAACCCAACAUUCCCCAUGUGACCGGGCGUGCUCUCUCUCUUUCUGUCUCUCUUCCUGACAUCGUGUCGGACUAGUGCCUGUAUAUUCUAACUCCAUCAGGGGCCCCCUUCCCCGAGCCCAGCCCCGGCGCAGGGCAGCUCCCGCCGGCUCUUGUCCAUGGUUUGUCACAGUUAUCGAUGUCUCUGUGCAACAAAACAAUGUUUCAAGGGAACAAAUGAAAGAAACUUUGGGAGAGGAGGGAAAAAAAAAAAACCCCAACCCCAACAAAAAACCAACCAAAACCAAACCCCAAGGGAGGUGUGUUGCUUUGGAGCAAUCCUUCAUUUUAGCACCAAUCUAUGAAAGGAUGAGCAAAAAAACCCCUUUUACUAAUGAGUAAUAGUCAAGAGAUAGUCCCAAACCCAGGGGGAGAGAGACUGAAUCCGCAGCCUUACCUGAACUAGCUGCUGCAUAAUGUUAUUUUAUGUUUAUUUUUUUGGUAUUUAUUCAUCAGGAAUAAUUAAUUAAAUAAUAAUAAAAAGAGGUUUUAUUACAGAUUGAAAAAUAAUAAUAAUAAUAAAUAAAAAAAAAAAACAUUUGAUACAUUUUACAGGAGAAAAACAAGCAAAAAAAAACCAAACAAAAAACCACAAGGUAACUGAAGCACCCCCCUGCUGGGGGCUGUACAUAUCCGCGGUGACUGCCGAGGAGGGGGUUUGGGGGGGACAGGGGGGUGUGGGGGAGGGGGGGGAAGAGCUGGGUGAUUUUUAAGAAGCAGGAGGCUGGGGGGGGGCUGGGGGGGGAAGCCCUGGUGCCGUGGCCUCUUCCUUGAUUGUAUCAGAAUCAUUUUCUGCUGUCGCAGAGAAUGGGAAUACGCUUAAAAUAAAUACUAAAGGAACCAAGCGAGCCCACGGGAUCCCAGUAGCACAAAUUGGGCUUUGUCAAAUGGUGUAUUUUGUGUAUAGAAGGAAUUUAAGGAGAGCUUUUACUUAUUUUCAUAUUGUAUUUUAACUGUUUUCUCUGAUCAAGAAUUUUUUUACUUCUUUCCCCCCCUCCUUGCCCCUCCUGCUCCCUCCCAGCCCCUCCUGCUCCCUCCCAGCCCCUCCUGCUCCCUCCCCACCCCUCCUGCUCCCUCCCAGCCCCGGCUGCUCACCCAGCCCGGCUGCUCACCCAGCCCCUUCCUACCUUUCUUUGCUUUGGUUUGGUUUUUGUUUUGUUUUAUUUGGUUUUUUUUUUUCCUUUGUUCCUCCCCCCGAGUCCACCCCCAAACCCCAUGAUCUUGGUCAUAAAUAUUGCAUUAUUCACACUUUCAAACUGUGUAUUUUCUUACAAUAAAAAGAGGAAAAAAAAAACAAA